GUGAUCGAUUAUUUGGUUUGCACUCAGAGCAUUUUCCAUUUUUAUAGGAACUUAUGUACCUACAAUGUAUCUCCAAUCCGUUUGAGAUGUAAAAUAUAUCUUCUCUUACCACCUUAAAUCUUCCUAUGUACAAUAAAAUAUAACACUAUGGUUUCAGACAAUAUCCACUUUGCUUUAAUAUAUUAAUCAGAUUAUUUUGAUGAUAAGUGGUAUUUUUAAAAUGGGCCGAAGGAGAGACCGGAAAUAUGGGCCCAGUCGAUCGGAGGCAUAGUUGCAUAGUAGUGCCUAGAUCGAUGGCUGACUGAGAUAUUAGCCAAGAGAGAAAGAAAGAAAGAAACAAACUUCUUGUGAUUGUUUGUGAAGUAAGAUUCAAGGUCCCUCUAUCUAACCCAAAUUUCAAUCUUUUCCUCUUUCGAUUCAAAGAAUCUAUCAACAAAUAUUGCAAUUCAAUAAUCCAGGAGGAAGUAGAAGAAGAACAACAAGAAGAAGAAGCUUCGAUUGAUCAACAAUGGCGGAAUUCAUGAACCUGGAGGCGCAAGACGGAGUUCGAAUGCCCUGGAACGUCAUGCCGGGGACCAAGCAAGAGGCUUCCACUUCCUGCGUCGUCCCCGUUGCUGCAAUCUACACUCCCAUCAAAUCCUUCCCCAAUAUGCCUCUUCUUCCUUACACUCCUCUCCGCUGUCGUACAUGUCGCUCAAUCCUCAAUCCAUUCUCCAUUGUCGAUUUCGCAGCCAAGAUCUGGACUUGCCCUUUCUGCUUCCAGCGUAAUCAUUUCCCUCAUAACUAUGACUCAAUCUCCGACGAAAAUCUCCCCGCUGAGCUUUUCCCUGAUUACACCACUAUUGAGUAUGACGACAGGAGCGCCACCGGAUCCCCAACCUCGCCCCCUGUUUUUAUGUUCGUCGUCGAUACUUGUAUUAUCGAGGAAGAGAUGGCUUAUCUAAAGUCUUCGCUUUCUCAGGCUGUCGAUCUUCUUCCCGAUCACUCCCUCGUUGGCCUCAUUACUUUCGGGACAUUUGUUCAUGUUCAUGAGCUUGGUUUUGGCGAGAUCCCCAAGACUUACAUCUUCAAGGGAUCCAAGGACAUUUCCAAGGAGCAGCUUCUCGAGCAAUUGAGCUUCUUCCUCAAGAAGCCGAAGCCGUCCGUUGGUGUCAUUGCAGGCGCUAGGGACGGCCUCUCCACAGAUGCCAUAUCUCGGUUCCUGUUGCCUGCUUCCGAGUGCCAGUUUGUACUCAAUUCGGUGUUGGAGGAGCUGCAGAAAGAUCCUUGGCCGGUACCAGCUGAUCAGCGCGCACCAAGGUGCACCAGCACAGCACUUGGUAUUGCAGCCAGCUUGUUAGGAGCUUGCUUUCCUGGGACUGGAGCUAGAAUUAUGGCAUUUGUGGGUGGUCCAUCCACUGAAGGACAGGGCGCUAUUGUUUCGAAAAAUCUAUCUGAACCAAUUCGUUCACACAAAGACCUCGAUAAAGAUUCUGCUCCUCAUUUUCAUAAAGCUGUUAAGUUCUACGAGGGACUUUCAAAGCAGCUUGUUAAUCAAGGACAUGUACUUGAUCUUUUUGCUUGUGCCCUUGACCAGGUGGGGAUUGCUGAACUUAAGGGUGCUGUUGAGAAAACUGGAGGGCUUGUUGUACUUGCAGAGAGUUUUGGCCAUUCAGUAUUUAAGGAUUCGCUUAAACGUGUUUUCCAGUUGGGUGAUCAAGAUCUUGGUUUAGCAGCAAAUGGUAUAUUUGAGAUAAACUGCUCAAAGGAUGUAAAAGUUCAGGGCGUGAUUGGUCCUUGUGCAUCUAUGGAAAAGAAAGGUCCUUUGUGUUCUGACACAGUUGUUGGUCAGGGAGGUACAAGUGCAUGGAAGAUGUGUGGCCUUGACAAAGAUACAUCGUUGUGUCUAAUGUUUGAGAUUGUUAGGAAAGAAAAUCCAGAUGGGAUGGUUCCAUCCAAUAGCAAUCAGUUUUAUUUCCAAUUUAUAACUUAUUAUCAGCAUCAAAGUGGUCAAAUGAGACUACGUGUUACAACUCUGUCAAGAAGAUGGGUAGCCGGACAAGGAAGUGUACAGGAAUUGAUUUCUGGAUUUGACCAAGAAGCAGCUGCAGCAGUCAUGGCACGCUUGGUGUCUUUUAAAAUGGAAACAGAGGCAGAGUUUGAUCCUAUCAGAUGGUUAGAUAAAGCAUUGAUACAUCUUUGCUCACGGUUUGGAGAUUAUCAAAAAGACAGUCCGUCUUCUUUCAGCUUAUCUCCUCGAUUAUCUAUAUUCCCUCAAUUUAUUUUUCAUUUAAGACGUUCACAGUUUGUCCAGGUGUUUAACAACAGCCCAGAUGAGACUGCGUAUUUCAGAAUGAUCCUAAAUCGGGAAAAUGUUGCCAAUUCAGUUGUCAUGAUUCAACCUUCGUUGAUCUCAUACUCAUUUCAUUCAACCCCAGAACCAGCACUUCUUGAUGUUGCUGCCAUUGCAGCUGAUAGGAUUUUACUUUUGGACUCUUAUUUUACUGUUGUGAUUUUUCAUGGUUCAACUAUUGCUCAGUGGAGAAAAGCUGGAUAUCAUACUAUGCCUGAACAUCAGGCAUUUGCCCAGUUGCUCGAAGCUCCUCAUGUUGACGCAGAUGCAAUAGUCAAGGAAAGAUUUCCGGUUCCUCGCUUAGUGGUUUGCGAUCAGUAUGGUUCUCAGGCUCGGUUUCUUUUGGCGAAACUGAAUCCCUCGGCUACAUAUAACAAUGACGCACCUCUACCUGGAGGGGAUGUCAUCUUUACGGACGAUGUUAGUUUUGAAGUCUUCUUGGAUCAUCUCCAGAGAUUAGCAAUUCAAUAAAAACACCUAUGACUAUUCCAAACGUCAUAAUUUAUUGACUAUAAUCUUGGAAGGAAGAUGUGUAUUGUGAAAUAGGUGCAAACCUUGCUGGCUAUGGCAUGAAUAUGUACACACUACACAAAGCGUUAAUGUUACAUUGACAUUGUUACUCCAAUUAUAUCAGUAUUACUCAGGUGUAUGGUACAUCGACAAUAAAAUAAAUGAAUUUGGGGUAACAUAGAAAAAGUUUCUGUUUGUUGGGAGUAAUUAAGCUUCAACAAACAUUUUCUUCACAUCUUGUGUAUCUUAUUCCUUGUAAUUUCAGAGUAUGCUGUUCAAAGUUGUACGGAAAGCCAUUAGUUUCCAGCAAUAUAGUAUAAAAGAUUACAUAUUCCUUUAGAAAAACUUAUUAUCUACUCUUGUUUUUCUAGAUAUUUAUGAGAAGGGGAUAUCAUCAUUCCCUUUAUAUUUCA